GGGACUUUUUGUUACAGUUCAGUUUUGUCUUUGCAUUCAACUUUGUGGUGCAAUUCAAGAUGAAAAUGUUUUGGAUGCAACUAAGACAGUUGAUGUGGAAAAACUUAUUGAUUAGAUCCAGAUCUAAGCUCAGAGUUAUCACCGAACUUGUCUGGCCUAUUAUUCUGUUUGUCAUAUUAGCCCUUGUUAGGACCAAAGGUUUAAAGGACUACAAAAAUGAAUGUUUUCUUGAAGAGAAAGCUUUACCAUCUGCUGGAUCUUUGCAAUUCCUACAAAGUUUAAUUUGUACUUUCGACAAUAAUUGCCACAAUGUUCCGCCAUCGACUGCUCGUUUUAGUGAAGAAUUUAAUUUCCAAACCAUUAGAAAUCUUGUUCGCGACUUGACAGACGUUUCCAAAAGGAGGAUUACUGAUGAGGAAGUAGUCAAAGGGUCUGGAGUUGCAAUUGACGUCGCCGCUGCUGUAGCCUUCGCUUUCAAGUUAUUGGCUGGUGGGUCUACACCUAAAGUAUAUUUCCCUCUAAAAAACAUCGUCAACUGGGAUGCUUUUCAGCGACUCGUAAGCUUAAAAAAUGCAACAUCAACAUCGGCAUUAAAUGAGUUGAUGGUGCACGUUCCAUCGGUGGAUGUAUUAAAAAAUAAUACAGAAAACCCACAGCAAGUAUUUUGUGAUGCUACCGUUUUGAAAUCAUGGAUCAGUGCCCCAGAUGAGUCGACUCUGCAAACUUUUAGCCAAAUUCUGUGCCAGUCUUCUACUGCUGAAAUAUUGCGCGUUGUCAACGGAACCUUAAUAAUCAACCAAAUCCAGCAAAUUGUGGAAGACAAUUUACAGCAACCUCUACACUUGGGAGACUGGGCCAAUCUUGGUCGUCUAUUGAAUACCAUUGUUUUGGAUAUUCGAGAUUUGAAUUCCCUCUCCAUGAUAUUCAACGAAUUUAACAACACGACACUAGGAAAGUUAUCUAACCAAUUGUGGAAAUCAAGGGACGUAGAGAUAGGGAACAUGACAUCAACCAUGGCGUUUUUUAAUUCAACUGCAAACAUUCUAUGCGGGAAGAAUUCUUUGAUUCGAGGAAAAAAAUCAGAUUUUCCUGAUGGACCCCAGUCAAAUCAAUUUAGACAAAGACUUUUCAAAUCCCAAAGUACUAAUAUAACUCGAUCGGGCCUUACGGCAUCGUGCGCACAGCUUUUUAUCGGCUUGCAGCAAAAUCCGUUGACGCGUCUGGUUCUCCAGUUGUUUUAUCCAUUUAUUCGGGGAAAGAUUAUCUAUGCCCCCAAAACUCCGGCGUUUGACAGCGUCAUUCAUCUAGUCAAUGAGACAUUCCAAGAUUUAAGGAUUGUACAGCGUUCCGCAGAGAGAUGGUUGACUGAAAUUUCACCUUCCAUCAAGCGUUUUCUUGACCAAUUGGAUCCUGGAAUGAUCAAAAACAUUACCGAAGUCAUUACUGAACGCUUUCCUGUCGUAGCUAAUCUAACAUCUUCAAUAACAAAUACUUCCGAUCAAAUCAUAUUAAUAAGGAAAACGUUAGUCAAGCUGGAUUUGGUCGCUAAUUUAAUCAUUACUUAUGUAGAAUGCUACGAGUUCGAUAAAUUUGAAGGCUUCGAUACUGAAAAAGAGGCCGUCGAACGUGGAAUGGAUUUGAUAGACACCGGUGGAUUGUGGGCAGUAUUAGUAUUCAAAAAUCAGAACGUGGAUCUCGCAUCACAAAACCUUCCACACAACAUAACUUACAAAUUACGCAUGGACAGUUCUAAAAUCGAUAGCACAAAACGGUUACGGGAUUUCUUUGAAACGCCAAUGCCACGGACGAGUCCCACAAGGGACAUGAAAUAUUUCACGUCUGGGUACAUUUUCCUGCAGGAUAAGAUAGAACAGGCUAUUAUCAAGCUGCAGACAAAUCGAACCCAAUUGCCCGGAAUGUAUAUGCAACAAUUUCCGAGUCCUUGCUACACCUACGAUACGUUCUUUAUGGCGAUUGCGGGCCUGUUUCCGCUUUUUAUGGUACUCUCUUUCGUUUAUACCUGCGCAAUGAUUGUCAAAUCCAUUGUUCGUGAGAAAGAGCGGCGUCUCAAAGAAACCAUGAAAACAAUGGGUCUCGGAAACGGCGUUCAUUGGAUGGCCUGGUUUAUCGAUAGCAUGUCAUUUAUGCUUAUUUCCUGCGUACUGCUCUCGAUGAUCCUAGUGUUUGGCCGAGUGUUAGAGAAUUCAAAUUUUCUCGUGGUGUUCAUUUUCGUUUUGAGUUUCAGCAUUGCCACAGUCUGCUUCAGCUUCUUAGUCUCAACCUUCUUUAGCCGGGCAAACCUUGCUGCUGCCUGCGGUGGAUUCUUCUUCUUCGCCUGUUUCCUUCCAUACAACUUUCUCAACUUAAACGGUCAAGACUAUAGCCUCUCGACUUUGGUCCUAGCGAGUUUAUUUUCCGAUGUGUCCUUCGGGAUUGGAUGCUGGUAUUUUGCAAGUCACGAACAAAGUGGAGAGGGUGCACAAUGGAGUAAUAUCGCUGUCAGUCCCAAGGAUGGCGAUGCAUAUUCUUUGUUGGGAUGUAUCUUGAUGAUGCUGUUCGACGCUGUUCUCUACCUAGUGCUGACGUGGUACAUUGAAACUGUGUUUCCAGGCCAGUAUGGUAUUCCCAAACCGUGGUAUUUCAUGUUUCAGCCUUCCUACUGGUGUUCAGAAAAGCGCCGAAAUAGUACGGUUGGGAUUGUUCAAGCACAUGCCGAAAGGGAUACCGAGCUUCUUGAAGUGGAGUCGAGGGAUCUGAUGGCUGGAGUCAGCAUCCGUCAUCUCGGAAAAACGUAUGCCAACGGAAAGGUCGCGCUUUCUAAUCUUAAUCUGGAUUUUUACGAAGAUCAAAUUACUUCCUUUCUUGGACACAAUGGAGCAGGGAAAACAACAACCAUUUCUAUUUUGACGGGACUUUUUACUCCGUCUUUUGGCACCGCAACAAUCAACGGAUUGGAUAUUCGUUAUCAAAUGGAUGAAAUUCGCCACCAGCUUGGAGUAUGCCCACAACAUAAUGUUCUAUUUGACCAGCUAACAGUGGAGGAACAUUUGCGCUUCUAUGCGAAUUUAAAGACGGGGGAGCAGAUUGAAUCACGGAAAGAAAUUGACAAGAUGAUCGAAGAUUUAGGGUUGUCUCAUAAAAGGCAUGAUAUAUCAGAACACCUUUCCGGUGGAAUGAAAAGAAAACUAUCAAUUGGAGCCGCUUUCAUUGGAAAUUCAAAAACGGUGAUCUUGGACGAACCCACAGCAGGAGUAGAUCCUUAUUCUCGGCGGUCUAUUUGGGACAUUCUUUUAAAAUAUAAAGAAGGCCGAACGAUUAUUUUAACAACUCACUUCAUGGAUGAAGCUGAUCUAUUAGGAGACCGUAUAGCGAUCAUUUCGCAAGGACAGUUGAAGUGUUGCGGCUCUUCCCUCUUUCUUAAGCAAAAGCUUGGAUCCGGUUACUACCUUACGGUCGUGAAGAAAGAUGGGCAAAACGUUUCAGUAGGCAACGCUCCGGCAACUGGAAUUCCAAUUUCCCAAAAUUCAACUGAAACUGACGUGGAAAGAAUUGUGAAUGCGGUGAAACGAGACAUCCAGAAUGCAAGCGUAGUGGAGAAUGUAGGGUCUGAUAUUGUGUUUUGCCUUCCCGAGUUUGACAAUGCAGGACAUCGCCAGCGCGAUAAGUUUCCUCGCCUUUUUGACAACUUAGAUUUGAAUAUGGAACAGCUUCAAGUGGAUAGCUAUGGCGUUUCUGAUACAACACUUGAAGAGAUAUUUCUGAAGGUAGCAAAUGACCCAUCAGAAGAUAAUGCUACUACCGCACUGGAAACAAAUCAAGUUACGUCCGGUGCUCUACCUGUGUUGAAGUCUUUGCAAAGAAUAGGAACUCGGGAGUGUGUAUAUGAGGAAGUGCCUCAGAUAGAAGGAAAUGAUACUUCUGAUACCUUCAACCUUCUUUCCUCAGAAAAAUUAACGGGAUCGGUAUUGAUUUGUCAACAGUUUAUCGCUUUGUACGUGAAGAGAUUCUGCAACUCAAAACGAAACUUGAAAGGAUUUUUUUGCGAGAUUGUGCUGCCUGCAUUAUUAAUCAUUAUCAACCAAUUGACCACCAUGUCCUUGAGUGCCAUUUCGCCUGAGCCGGCUCUUGAACUUUCCCCGUGGCUAUAUGGGAAAUCAAAUGUUGCAUUUUACGCAAAUGAAAAUCCCAACGAAGUUUGGCCAGCACGUUACAUAAAGAAUAUGGUAAAUGAAACUGGCAUGGGUGCUUUUUGCAAAAACGACGAUAUGAAUAGGCUACAAUGUCACAGUAACAUAACAAAGUUACUUAAUCCGCUCGUAAAUCCAGCCGAUUAUCAAGAUUUCCAAUGCCCUUGUAGCAUGGGUAUUGCUUCCUGUCCCAAAAAUUUGACAUCGACAGAAUUACCGAGAUACAGGUCCGUUUCAGCUGACGACUUCAUCGAUGUUACAGGGAAAGAUAUAUCCCUUUGGAUAAUUCGAACCUACAAGAAAUUUAAAAAGUUUAGGUUUGGUGGAUUCGAAUUUGGGCUUCAAAAUCCGUUUGGCAAUUUAAAUUUAACCUUGUUUUCACAAGAUGUACAAAAUCUACUGGGCGCUUUGAGAUUUCCAUUACCUCUUCAAGCAAACGCAUCUGGCGAAAUCCUCAAUUUUGAAAAUCUUGCACAGCUCCGCGGGAGUUUUGAUAAAGUUAAAGUUUGGUACGACAACAAAGCUUGGGCGUCGUCCGUUUCAUAUUUGAACGCAAUAAAUAACGUAAUUUUACGUUCAUCGUUGCCAUCGUCGAAGAAUGCUACGUUCUAUAGUAUAACCGCUAUAAACCAUCCUAUGAAUUACUCAUUUAAACAGCUGGAAGACAGAUUUUCGAGACAAGUGGGCAUCAGCGUUCUACACGCGAUAUCAGUCAUAUUCUCCAUGAGUUUCGUUCCAGCCUCGUUUGUCAUUUUUUUGGUGGAAGAACGUAAAUCCAAAGCAAAACACUUGCAAUUUGUGUCCGGAGUCAAACCCAUAACAUUUUGGGUUGCAGCCUACACUUGGGAUAUGAUCAACUAUUUGAUCCCAUGCAUAUUGGUCAUCUUAAUUUUUGUGGGGUUUGAUCAGCAAGCAUAUAUUGGCCCCAAGAAUAUCCAAGGGAUGAUUCUGUUAUUGGUCCUCUAUGGCCUCUCAGCUAUCCCUCUAAUGUAUCCAGCCAGUUUGAUCUUUUCCGUUUCAAGCUCCGCCUUUGUGGGUUUGGCGUGCGCUAACCUUUUCAUUGGAGUAACCACUACUAUUUCGUCUUUCGUUCUCCAACUUUUCGACGAUGUGGAAUUGAAACUGAUUGGAAGUAUACUUAAUGAGGUUUAUCUCAUCUUUCCUCAUUAUUGUCUCGGUCGUGGUAUGAUUGACAUGGCACAAGUUCACUUCACUACCGAAAGGCUUGCGCUUCUAGGAGUCAAUUACCAGAGAAACAUCUUCGAGUGGGAUUAUCUUGGUCGCUACUUCUUGUCCAUGGUUGUUCAGGCUACUCUCUUUUUCACUUUUACAGUGAUGUUGCACUAUCAGGUGCUCCCGGAACGUGUUGUACGAUAUUUUCAGACAGUACAACUUCCUCCAUUACACCUUGAAGAUGAAGAUGUCGCCCGUGAACGUGAGCGUGUAGAACGGAAUGACGAUUCAACAGACGAACUACGAUUAUUACGACUAACCAAGUUAUAUGGUCGUAGUAAAGAGCCAGCUACGAACAGGUUGUCUUUCGGGCUGAGGAGAGGCGAAUGUUUUGGGCUUUUAGGCGUUAACGGUGCUGGAAAAUCAACAACUUUUAAGAUGCUGACCGGUGAUGAAACGGUUACCAGUGGUAAUGCCUUUGUUGGUGGCCAUAGUAUACUGUCAGACCUGAGAGAAGCGCAACAAAAUUUAGGUUAUUGUCCUCAAGAAGAUGCUCUGUUAUCCUUGCUUACUGGCACUGAGCAUUUGAAAUUAUUUGCUAUGCUUCGUGGAGUUCCAAGGAGACAUAUGAACAAGGUUAUUACGGAUAGUUUAAAGAAACUAGGUCUUCUUCCUUACAAGAAUCGUUGCGCUGGCACCUACUCUGGAGGUAAUAAACGAAAGCUGUCGACCGCUAUCGCUUUAAUCGGCAAUCCUGCUGUAGUUUUCCUGGAUGAGCCGUCAAGCGGGAUGGACCCUAAAGCACGUCGUUCAUUAUGGUCAGCUAUUAUUGACGCUUUGAAAGAUUCGCGUUCUAUCCUAUUGACUUCACACUCAAUGGAAGAGUGUCAAGUUCUCUGCACUCGCCUGGCCAUUAUGGUUAAUGGGACGCUACGUUGCCUGGGCUCGGCUCAGCACCUGAAAAAUCGAUUUGGCAACGGCUACAUGAUCAGUGCACGGUGUGAGGUUGAACAUAUAAGUGACGUUCUGCAGCAUGUCCAGUUAGCCAUACCGGAGGCACGUUUGCGCGAACGACGAUCCCGUCAAUUGAUUUGGCAUAUACAACCCAACGUACUUUCCAUAUCGGCCUUGUUCAACAAAAUGGAGGCUGCGCGAGAAACAACCAACAUGGUGGACUAUUCUAUUACUCAAACUACUCUGGAUGAUGUGUUUGUUCGAUUUGCACGACUUCAACGGGAAACGAAUGAGGAAUCAGAGGAGAAUUGUGAACAAGGGUUUGACGAUUUACCCUUGCAUUCUCGGAAUGUGGCUGGCCUAGCUAAUCAAGAGUUGUAUGCAGUCUCGGUCAGCUCGGAAUUGUGAAGUAUUUCAAAAAUAAGCGUCGCAAUCAAAAAUUUCUUUCUCAUUUUCACUUCCUCGGUGUUCGUUUAUUCUUCUAAUCAAUUUUUAAAGUUCGUGGUCUUUUAUCCAUUCGUUUACCCACGCCCUAUUUAAAUUUUAAUAUCUUCAUUACCUAAUGUUGUCGAACUUGUUCCUACCCUAUAAGCGCCCAUAGACCAAUUUCCAGUGAAACAAAGGAUAAAUAUUAAUAGGAUCUUA